CGAGAUGAUGCUCGCUCGACGCGCCAGCCAUGCGCUUCGCUCUGCGUCGAUCGCCGCCCAGGCGUGCCGCCGCCCUACGACGACUCGCCACCUGAGCGCCGCGCCGUCAACCUUCAUCUACGACGUGACCUCCGGUGACUUCGCGCCCAAGGUGCUGCAGGCCCAGGUCCCGGUCAUCUUGGACUGCCACGCCGACUGGUGCGGCCCCUGCAAGACCUUGGGCCCGCUCCUCCAGAAGCACGUGACCGCGUUGAACGGCGCCGUCGCGCUCGCCAUGUUGGACGUCGACGCGGAGCAGGACCUGAGCGCGCAGCUCAACGUGAAAUCGCUUCCCACCGUCUUCGGCGUGUGGCAGGGCGGCGUCCAGGACCACUUCGUCGGCGCGAAGAGCGACGCGGAGGUCGAGGCCUUCGUGGCGAAGAUGGCCGCGCUCGCCGGCGGCGCCGCGCCCGCGGAGCCCGCGGGGGACUCGAUCCGGCGGCGGGCGUUCGCGGCGCUCAUCGAGGACGGCGACGUCGCGGGCGCGGCGCACGCCUUCAAGUCCGAGUACGAGCGGCUCCGGGCCCUGGACGACGACAACGUCGCCGAGGGCGCGAAGCGGAAGAAGUCCUUCACGCCCGUGGAGUUCGACGCCGAGCGGCCGGCGGCGGCGGAGAUGGCGUGGUGCCUCCUGGGCCUCGCGCGCUGCGCGGUGGCCAACGACCCGCCGGAGCCCGACGCCGCGGCCCACCUCCUGGGCACGCUGCGGGACCCGAAGCGCGCGGGCGUGCUCGACGGCGACGCGGAGCUCAAGGCCGCGGUGAGCCACCUCGCUCUCGCGCUCGACGGCGCCGCGGCGGACGCGGCGUCGCCCCUCGCCGCGGCGCGGGAGGCCUUCGCCGCGGGCGACGCCGAGGGGGGCCUGGACCUCGCGCUCGCCGCCGUGAGGGACAGCGACGACGCGGACGCCAAGGAGGACGCGCGCGCGCUCGUGCUCACGUUCAUCGACGCGCUCGGCGCCGUGCCCGCGGCGACGAAGGCGCGCCGGAAGCUCGCCAUGUACCUCUUCUAAUUGAUCUGGC